AUGUCCUCGUUCAUGAAUGCAUACAAGCACCUCGAAAUUCCACUUGAAAACAUACAACAGGCCACCGACCACUUUAGUGAAAGUCACUACCUAGCCAAAGGUGGAUUUGGGAAGGUGUAUAGGGCAGAACUCAUGCUAUCCAACGGUUCAACCAUUGUUGCAGCUGUAAAGCGCCUGACUCCUUCAAAUAAACAUGGAGAUGCUGAUUUUUGGAGAGAGAUCAUGUUGCUUUCCAAAUAUAAACAUGUAAAUAUCAUCUUACUCCUCGGCUUCUGCUAUCAAAGUCCGGAAAGGAUCCUUGUCUAUGAGUAUGCUCCAAAGAAUAGCCUCAACAAUCAUCUAAGUGACCCCAACUUCACGUGGGUUCAACGCCUCAAGAUAUGUCUUGGGGCUGCACGUGGCUUGGAGUACCUUCACAAUCCUAGGGGAGGCCAACAAAGAGUCCUACAUCGGGAUAUCAAAAGUGCUAACAUCUUGUUGGACGAAAACUGGAAUGCAAAAAUUGCAGAUUUUGGCUUCUCCAAAUAUGGCCCUGCAAACCAAGAACACUCGAUUCUUAUCUCUGAACCCAAAGGCACUCUUGGGUAUUGUGAUCCUGUGUUUCUAGACACAACGUUUUACAAAAAAGAAUCAGAUGUCUAUUCUUUCGGCGUGGUACUAUUAGAAAUUUUGUGCUCAAGGCUUUGUGUUGAUUUUAGUUUUAAUGAUAUGCGAAGAUCCUUACCUUUAUUUGUGAGGAACACUUCUAAAGAGAAGAUCAGGGAUGUGAUUAUCGAUGCUAAUCUACUGCAACAAAUAGAAGAAAAUUCUUUUAAUACCUUCGUAACGCUCGUGUAUCAAUGUUUGGAAAAAGAGCAGAAAGAACGUCCAUCUAUGGAGUUGAUCGUGAAGAAGAUUGAAACUGCACUCAAAUAUCAGGAGCAAAGAGAUGUCGGUUUUUUGAAUAUUGUGAACUGGGCAUCGUCUUCAACACCAAAUGUGAUAAAAGAGAAGCGAGAUCUACUUCCUCAAACGGAAGAAGCUGGGAGAAAUCAAUUAGGGGACAAUCCUGAUGAUGAGAUGAUCAAAAUGUGGUCAAGCGGAAAAGAAGGGAAUUUGCGUGCACUGCUUUCAACACUACAUGAGAUCCUUGAACCUGAAAGUGGUUGGGAACCAGUUCCGUUGACAGAGAUGAUGACCACUCGUGCUAUAAGAAACUACUACUCGAAUGCUGAGUAUAUUACUAGUGCUGUAAGGCUUGUACAACGAGGGGCAAGCACAAGGGAAAAGUAUAUAUGUAAGAAGCUUCUCGAAAUCUUAAAUGUGGAAGUGUUGAGAUUCGAAUCUGAAGAUAAAGUUGUUCAACAAAAAAAGCGCUCUGAAGAGAGACAAGAGAAUCAUAUUCUAGGAGAAAAAUAUGAUGAUGAGAUCGAAAGUUGGACAAAUGGAAGAGAACGGUUCUUGGGUGAUAUGUUGUCAAACCUACAAGAUAUACUUGGACCUGAAAGUGGCUGGGAACCGGUUUCACUGAAAGGUGAGUGGCAAACUCGAUACUUAAGUAGAGCUUACAAUAGAUCUCUUCUUCUAACCGAUCCCAGCACACUGAAAAACCGAGGGGCAAGCAUGAAGGAAAAGUAUAUAUUUGGAAAGGUUCGCAAUAUUUUAAAGGAUGGUUGGGAUUCUGCUCUUGCUGAAGAGAAAUAGCAGCCUCAUACUACAUGUAAGAGGUUCUUGGAAAAUUCUAACAAGCUGAACUUAACCAAUACAUUUUUGGCUUAAAAGCUUAAAAUAUUAAAUGUGGUAUUCGGCCCAACUACCUAG